GCUCCACUCCAGCCGGGGACUACUUUGCCCUAAGGCUCCGGCCUGCGGGAUCUUCCGCAGGACCAGCCCCGCUACCUAUUCACUGCCCAGCACAUCGCCCCUCCCUCCCCAGCGCUCUGACCCCGGUCGGCGAGCAGCCUCCAGUCUCCUUCCGAUCCCUUCAAGGGACCAGGAAGGGGACUGUGGCGCUCGGCUUGGUAUCCCUCCGCUGGGGUCACCCCCGCCCCUCCGCGCUAGCAGGAACUAAAUUCCACUUCGGGUCACCCAGGACCUGAUUGUAGAGAUUUCACAAAGCAGCCUGCCUUGUGGUCCCUGGUAAAGACAAUCACCACCCCAAGCUAAAACCCCCGCUGCCAACUCAAAAGCGGACUUCGCUUUGAACUGGGGCUGCGGCCCCCUGACCCCUGUCAAGCCCCGCCCCUUCCUGGUUGUCUUAGCGACGGCGGUGGCGUCCCAAGAUGGCGUCGUGGCUGCCGGAGACUCUGUUUGAAAUUGUAGGACAAGGCCCGGCGCCGAGCAAAGACUAUUACCAGUUGUUGAUCACCCGGUCUCAGAUCAUCUUUAGAUGGUGGAAGAUUUCUCUGAGAAGUGAGUUUCGGUCAGCAAAACCUGGAGAGACAAAGGAAACCCAUGAAGAUUUCUUAGAGAACUCUCAUCUUCAAGAGGACCCCAGGUCAGCUGCCAGCACCCAUGGAGGAGGGGCUAACAACUGCCUGUAACUCCAGCUUCAUGCAAUCCAUGACCUCUUCCGGCCUCUGUGAGCAACUGCACACAC